AUGUUCACUGUUCGCAAGUGUUUUCACUUACGAUUUGAGAUGUCAGUUGAAAGUCUAAUUUUAGGCAACUCUAAAAAAAUACCGAAUUACAUAGGACUUAGUGGUAAUGGUUGGAGUCAGUACAUAUCAGAGUGGUGCAUUAUAGACCUGGCGUUUUUGUGGGAAGAUUAUUCUUAUUUAAGACACCCAACUUCUCCGUAUAGUAAGAGUUCGCGUGAGUACCAGAGCUUUGACUUAAAUAUUUGGGCUUUCUCUGUAUUUAUCUUUUCAUCUAUAUUAAAGGGCCUACUUCUUAACUACUAG